GUUAGUACUACAGUCUGGUUAUGCCGUGUCAGUAUCUCGGGUUCCGUGUGAAACUCAGGUCCACAGAGCUUGGUGAAGUCAUUGGCACUGUCUGUAAUGUUACUGAAUCAAAAAUCGAACUUACCGAUGCUCGUGUGAAUGACGCUGGAGACCCAGUGUCAGUUCUCUCUGUCGAAAGCCAAUUCAUUGAGGACUUACGCAUUCUAGCCACAGCUACUUGGAAUCCAUCCGUUGAUGUCACCCCCAACAAGUCUCAAGAAAAGACGCAAGUUUCUACCGGUCGUGCACACCGCAGAGAAAUGCUUCGCAACAUCCCUAAUGCAUGCAGUGCCUACGUGUGCCCGGAUUCUCCUCCGCUCAUUCACCGUUCUGCCGGAGCUCCUGGCCACGCAGUAUUCAAUAGCGGCAGUCCCAGACAGAAGAUAGCCUCCGGCCUUCAGCAGCUCGAUUCGGCUUUAGCUGAUAUCACUUUAAACGACCGCAAAACUAGCAGAUAUGGCGGAAGUGGUGCUCUUUCCAAGCGCCGCAGUUAUUCUAUGUCCGAGACUCACGCCGCUUCAAGUGACAUUUCUGGCACCGAGUGUGAUUUGUCGCAUCCCACUCACGACCUCACUUCCCGUGGACAUUACCAAAAUGGUGGUCAACAUCACAACGCUAAAUCGCACUCUCGAACCGGACGGUUGAAUAACCGCGGAGUUAGUUGCGGCGGUGGAUCAGGCAAACAAGCACGAGCUGAUUGGGAUCAAGUGAGAGUGGAAGAGUUUAUGGAUCAGGAUUUCGACUUUGAAAAGAACUUGGCCGUGGUUGACAAGCCGGCGUUCUACGAGAUGGUGGAUAUGCGCAAAGGGAUUUCUUCUAAGCACCCCGGCCCAUCUCGCACUGCAACCUCAUCUUCCACACCUCUGGAUGAAGGUCCUGAUGGUGUUGGACGACCACUCAUCGGCACCGUACCCCAUUCUGAGCGAGUUCCGCGAUCCACCAAGGAUUACUACGAUGGUUGUACCAUGACCACCAAUACAGCAACUUUGUCUUCCUCGAGACAACGUCACGAACACUCGGUUCCCUACUACCACCCCUCCUUACAGCCCUCCUCCAUUGGUGACCACUGCACUCAGUUGUGUACUUGCUCCAGCACCGUUUCCACCUCCCACCUAACUCAGCCGACGGUGGACACAACGCACCGAUGGUGGUACUCUCCCAUUGGCGCUCGCAUUCCAGUUCUUUCAACUGCGGACCACAACCGGAUGCUCCAUUAUUUGGCCACAGGAACUGAUCCCGCGAAUCUCUCCGGCCAUUCUCCAGCUUCCGGCCUGUCUUGGGGUCGCAUGUUGGAAACCGCCGGCCGCUCUUUUGUUGACUACAUCAUGCAAAAACUUCGUCACGCUACCAUCACUCCACAACGAUCAACUCAGAGACCUCCACCACGCAUCCUUUUGCUCGCUUGCGGACCCUGUUUAUGUGGAGCCUUCACGGUCACCCUUGCGCGAUUGUUGGCUACUCGAGGUGCUUGUGUGGUGCUAAGAGCCCCUAGAAUUCCCUUAGACCCAAGCCCAGAUGAGACCAAACGCUGUAUGGACCUUGUUUAUCAGAAUGAGUUGGGUAUGUGCGCUCAUCUGGCACCGCGUCCCAACCUCUACGGACUAGAGGAAGAUGAUCCGUUUCGCACCAACGAUGAGACAGACGAUGACGAAGAUGAUGAGCCGCAGGAGGACAUCAGCAAAAGUAUUCCAAUCGACAAACUGAAGUCGGGCGCAACCAGACCUGGUUCUCGUUCUGACGGCGACUCAGAGCCGAUGAGCUGCAUGACACUCGACCAGUUGUCUUCCCACCAGACGGAAGCUGUUGACUACAACCUCUUGACACGAAUGUGGAUCAGUCGUAUCCCCGGGUUGAAGCGGAUCCGUCGCCCUGCGUGGACACUGACGGAACAUUUCAAACCUAUGUAGAUAGAAAGAAGGCAUAAACGGAUGGAAUAGUGAACUACCACAGUAACUCCAAAACGAACUGCAUCCAAACUCUAUCCGGGAGAGCGGAAACACGAUGCAGUAGAGUGGAAUUGAGAAAGAAUGAGGACCAUCUACACCGCGUGUCACGAAACAACGGAUCUCCACGAAACAUUGUUAGAAGAAUCCUGAAGUGGAGGACACAGCAGCGGCCAGAACAGACAAACAAGCGAGUAUUGUUUCCCCACAUCAAGAACGUUUCUUAACUAGCAGCGAUAUUACUUCGACCACACAGUCACCGUAGCACACAAACCAUGUGCCACCUGAGAAGGUUGCUUUCAAGACCGAGGGACGAAAUUAAACGAGACAGUCAAACCCAUCUAAUCUACCAGAUAAACUGCAGCGAUUGUGAUAAGCACUACAUCGUACAAACAGGAAGAAAGCUUUCCACACGGAUCACAGAGCAUAAGGUCAUAAGAAGAGAUGAUCCGUAUUCAUGGGUUUUGAUACACGAGGAUGAAACAGGUCAUCAAUUUGACACGGAAAACGUAAGUAUUCUAAUACUUGAGAUCGCGAAGUAUGGCAGUCCACGAAAAAUUUAAUCCAUCGGCACGUUGUGUUGGACACUAUCUACACAUUCUUCUAUCGCUGAGUUACCGACGAAUGUCCGAAUCGACAUGGUCAUCGUGGGACACUCGUUUUCUGGUCAACCCGGUGAUGUUCCUCCAUUGGACCCUCAAAUCAUUCAGUGGCUGCAGCGUCACAGUGCGCUCAACUGUCUGGUCCACUUGAUGCCGCAAUGCACCUCGUUCAUUGACCAGUAUGGAUUACGCACUGCCUCCGCCAAUUGGGUGGUGGAACUGGGCUUGCCUCGUCUGGUACCCAGCACACAUGCGGAUUGCAUUUUCAAUGCUCCUACCACCUCCCAUUUGUUGCUCGACGUUGGACUUAGCCGUAAUCUGGUUCGCCGGCUUACCAGCGAUCUGGAAUUGUUGCCUCCCUAUGGUUUGUUCGAAGCUGGCUCCGUGUUACCGUUACAUUCAACCGUCCCCAGUGGUUCGAAUUGAAUUGGGUAGCCAUGCUACUGCAGCUCGCCCUGUACCGCGUGUAAAUUUCGACACUUUUAUCGGACGUACAUCUCUCCGGCGCCUUCUUCCGCACUCAAUCGAUCCGACUAUAUAUAUCGUUGGCCCUCACAAAUCAUAUUCUUAGGUUUUUGUUUCCUCUUAUUCAUCCCAAAAUAUUGUUUAUUAGGAUUUUGCUUAUUCAUUCUUGCUUUUUGUUUUGUUUUCCAAUCAGGCCCGAUCCCCCAACUAAUUGUUGUACGCUAGUUCACUCUUUUUCUUCGAUAAAAGUAUGUCGCGCACAG